CCGCCCAUAAUUCAUAAAUAGCAAGGGAGCGCACGCGCGAACGAACGAACGAGAGAGAGAGAGAGAGAGAGAGAGAGAGAGAGCGCACGCGCGGGGGCGAGCGAACGAACGAACGGACGAGAGAGAGAGAGAGAGAGAGAGAGAGAGAGAGAGAGAGAGAGAGCGGAGAGAAGAGAAGAGAGUCCUCCAGUUGCAGGAGGCGGGAAGGCAAGGACGAAGAGGCGAACAGCUCCCACGUGUGCAGGUGGAUACAUUGCCCCCCAACCGGGUAGCAGUGGAAAACAUGAGGAGGCGUAACAGACCAAGGGGUGACAUCAAGCUGCUGCCGAGAUGUGAAUGGACGUUGUUCAAUAGUCCAGAUGGUGAUGUUAAAGUGACUGGAGUGUCUGUUUCUUUGCAUCCGUAUCAGCCAUGGGUUCUGUGCACAAUCGAACGAACAAGAACAAGGACGGUCGAAGAGGAGACCGAAAAUCCAACACCAAGGCCAAGACAAUGGUCGAUUGAGGUGUGGAACUACGCGAAUGCAACACUUGUCGCCUUUGCGGUUAUCCCGAGUGUAUUUAGCGUUGCUGAUGCGAGGUUCAUUGCGCAGAAAGGCUGGAUUGUAGUGCAAUGUUCCAGUCCUCGCAAAGACAUUGUUUAUAAGAUCCAAGGUUCGAGCCUGCAGUGUCUGACUGUAGUACAGCAUCCUCGUCUCUUCGAUGUGUGGGCGAUUGCAGUCCAUCCCCGCUUGUCUUAUGUCUUGACUUCUUGCAACAAACUCGUCAUCUUGUGGGAUGGGGAAAACGAAUGGGAGCAGAUUCCAUUUAAGGGUCACAGCGAGGAGAUACGGUCACUGAUGUUCCAUCCUAGGGACCACAACAUCUUUGCAAGUGGGUCAUGGGAUGGGAACAUCAAAAUUUGGGGUAUCCGUGAACGUGCUUGUCUGCGAACCAUUAGCGUCUAUCUAUACCGUGCAAUUUUCAAAAUGGACUUUUGCAGCAGAGCUGGGAAGUCGCUUCUCCUGUCCUGUCAUGACCCGUGUUCUCCUCGCAGAGGCAGUGUCUUCGUCUGGGACUACAAGACGGGAGAAUGCUUAGUCAAGAUGCUAACGGAUGGUUUUCAAGCCUUCUUCCAUCCACACUUGCCAUACAUCUUCAGCGCAGGACGCGAUGGGGAAAUUCAAGUCUGGAGCGAGUCAAACUUUAAGUACCUGUCAUCCUACUGGUGCAACAUGGGCGACCCUGACGCCUGGUUUGGUAGAGGUCUCGAAUGGAUGGGUGCUUGCAAGCACUCCAACCACAUCAUUGCUUUAGGAGGUAAAGGAACGAUCUAUGUGUUGGAGGUGGUAAGGGGAAAAGACGAACGUGAGGAGGAUGUGCCGAGAACGUCUCUUUGCGCAGAGUCUGCAAAAAGGCCGCGCCUUGUCAGAGCAAUAGCGCUGGCAUCAGACGAAGCAUUGGACAAACCAACUUGGUGGUUAAACCACGACUACCCGAGCAAGGUGCGCCGGUUAGCGGACCACUUGUCCGUGAACGUACGGGCUGCCUGCCGCCAGCUAAGCUCAACAAAUGAUGUCAGAGGCCUGCAGAUGGUGAGGGAAGGGUCUGACGUAUUGGUAGUUUGAGAGUGAGAGAGACUUGAGGAUUCAGAACACAAGGCCUGCAGUUGCGGAGCUGAAGAGGAGCCAGCGGUUGCGGAGCUGAAGAGGAGCCAGCGGUUGGACUUGGGGCUGAAGAGGAGCCAGCAGAUGGACUUGGGGCUGAAGAGGAGACAGCAGUUGGACUUGGGGCUGAAAGGCAUAAGAGUUGUGGACGACGAGUUCAUCGGACAAAAGGGGAGAGAAAGCUGGAAGAGAGGGUCUGACAGCACCUGUGGGAAACGGUGUAAGAAGUAGUGAAGGAAGGAAGAUGGUAGCAAAGGUACAGGGAGCCAGCAGGUGCACUUGGGGCUGAAAGGCAUUAUAGAGUGCUUGAUCGAUGUAAAGAAGUAGUGAAGGAAGUGAGGUGGGGUAGCAAAGGUGCAGGGAGUCAGCAGGUGCACUUGGGGCUGAAAGGCAUUAGAGUGCUUGGAUGAGGUCGUUAAACACAAGGAGAGAACGCACCAAGAGAGGGACAACCAGCUGGGAAACGAUGUAAAGAAAUGCCAAGGAAGCGAUGGUAGCAAAAGUACAGAGAGCCAGCAGGUGGAACGAACAAAAAAGAAAGCAAAUGUACAGGGAGCCAGAAGGUGGAACGAACAAAAAAGGAAAGCAAAUGUACAGGGAGCAAGCAGGUGGACUUGGAGGUGAAAGGCAUUAUAGAGUGCUUGAUGAGUUCAUUAGAGAAAAGGAGAGAAAGCUCAGAGAGAGCAUACGUCAGACAGCUGGAAAAGGAUCCAAGAAAUGUGAAGGAAGCGAUGGUAGCAAAGGUACAGAGAGGAACGAACACUCUAACGCAAUCCUUUGAAUCCUGAGCCCCUAGGCUACAUUCGUAAGCUGACAGUUUUUUUCUGGAGAUCAGCCCGUUGACAGUUGGUCACAAGAAAAAAAACCUGGUUUCUUUAUGACUGAGAGAAGGCAACAAACACUGACAGACGCCCAGAGAGAGAGAGAGAGAGAGAGAGAGAGAGAGAGAGAGAGAGAGAGAGAGAGAGAGAGAGAGAGAGAUUUGAAGAUUUCUGAAAACAAGAAAUCCAAGCUGUGAGGAGAGCUGUUGAUGUUUUUUUUUUCCACUCAGAAAUCGAAGCUGCAGGUUGAGGAUUUGAGGCGAAGAUUGGAGAAAGUGGUACCUGUAUGGUUGAUGCUAGCCUGGGGGGAUUAGGCCAAAAAAGUUGGAGAAACUCUACGGUGCAGGCAGAAGUUUGAGGGGAUGGUGAAGAUACAAAAUGAGAGUUGAGGAGUUGGAACCAAAGAUUAGGAAAAGGGUUAAGAGUAGUACUAACUUAGUCCUACUUAGACUUUUAGCUAUUUUUAGCUAUUUUUAAGCUAUUUUUAGCUAUUUUUAGGUAUUUUUAGCUAGCAGUUGAACAUGAGUAAUGAAAGACCACUUCUCGC